GGCGCGAGGCCGCGCGCUCCCGCGGGCAGCGCGGCCGCGCGCGUAGGGGCCCCGCUCAGCGCCUCUGCCGCACCGCUUCUCCCGCGCCGCUUCUCCCGCGCCCCUCCGCGCCAUGCUGGCCGCCGCCUGGCUGGGCAGGGGCUCCUGGGGGCUCCUCCGCGGCGCGGCGCGGAGGCGGCCGGGCGGCGGCGGAGCGAGGCCUCUGGGCGGCCAGCCCGGCUCGGCGGCGGCGGUGGGUGGGGGGCGGCGCGGCGGGGGCGUCUCCUGCCUGCCCGCCUGCGCGGGGCUCCCGCGGCUGCUGCGCGCGCCCGCCGCCGCCUGGCGCCUCCUCAGCGGCGGGGCCGCCCCGCCCGACCCCCGGCGGGAGCGCGGCGCGGCGGGGCCCUACGCCGAGCUGUAUGAAAACCCCUGGACCAUCCCAAAUAUCCUGUCCAUGGCGAGAAUGGGUCUGGCGCCAGUUUUGGGCUAUUUGAUUGUUGAAGAAAAUUUCAACGUUGCCCUCGGUGUCUUUGUCCUGGCUGGCGUGACAGACCUGUUGGACGGAUUUAUUGCACGGAACUGGGCUAAUCAGAAAUCAGCACUGGGAAGUGCUCUCGAUCCCCUGGCAGAUAAAAUCCUCAUCAGUGUGCUCUACGUGAGCCUAACUUGUGCAAAUCUUAUCCCAGUUCCCCUGACUUCCAUGAUUAUCCUGCGGGAUGCGGCACUCAUUGCCGCUGUUUUUUACGUGCGAUACAAAACUCUUUCUCCACCGAGAACACUGAGUAGGUAUUUUAACCCCUGUUAUGCUACUGCACAAUUAAAACCAACAUUCAUCAGCAAGAUGAACACGGCAGUUCAGCUGAUUUUGGUGGCGGCUUCUUUAGCAGCACCUGUUUUCAAUUAUGUGGACAGCAUAUAUCUGCAGACAUUAUGGGAAAUAAAAAACCCAACCAAACCAAAGAAACCAAAACCACCAACCCAAACCAAGAAGCUUUUCAGGAACUAUGAAUGAACCUUGAUCUUAACAGUCUGUGGGUUUUUAUCCUGGUGGUAAGACAAAAUCUAGAGUUGCCUCUGGGUGUAAUUUGCCUGGGUGUUCUGUGAAUACUCUCAGAAACUCCCUGGCAGAGUGCUCAGGAAGGGGAGCAGAGGGGCAGGCAGGGCUGUGGCUGUGACUCCCACCUCAGGGUGGUGUCAGUCUUUCACACAGAGGAGCACUGCUCAUUUAGGAAUAUCUGUGGUCUGGGAAGGAAACAGAAGAGGCUGAAGCAGGAACUUGUUCUUUAGCUUUGGGACUUGGUGAAAAUGGAAAGUUCAAGUCUUGAGUGGUUUGAAUGCUCCCUGCUCACACUACCAAGGAAUAGUUUCUCACACCUGUCAGUUCUCAAGCUGGUAAAAGUUAUGUAGGCUGCAAAUGUUCAAUCUUUUAUUUCCCCUUCUCUAAAGCAAGUGCUGGUGUGGUGAUAAUUUGUCCUGGUAUGCAGUUACACUGAAGCAUGCUGCUUACCCCUGAAUGGCAGAGCCUUUGUUUAUCUAAUCCUCCCCAUAGCACUGAAUUUCAGCUUAUAAACUGUAAGCUGCAUUUUUGUGGAGCAUAGUUCCUGACUGUGUAGCUAUAAACAGAUACUUUAAAAGGAAAAAAAAAAAAAAAAAAAA